CUCUCUCUCUCUCUCUCUCUCUCACUGCGCGAGCCCUCUCUCACCUCUCUCCUUUGAAAGCGGAUUAUUUAUUAUAAAGCAGCAACCAUCGACAUGUGAGUAAACUGAAUUGUAUUCUGUUUUUUAAUUCAGCUAAAUGUAUACGAUGUAUUUCUAAAAUAGUGUCUGAUCGAGAUAUAGCCUACAGCGUUUUAAAUAAUGAUUUUAGGAUGUUAGAGCAAGUGUUUUGUUUUGGUGAUGUCAACUAAAUGCAAUUAUGGGUUGGGUUCCUGCUAAGCUAAAACUCUAUUGAAAUAGUUGCUCGUAUAUAUUUAUUUUAGUAUUACAAUAGUCUGCCCAAAGGUCAAAUAUAUCACAGAAAGUAGGCCUAUUACAAAAGAAUGUUAGGCUACAUGUCUCUCAAUAUAUUGUCAGUCUCACCAUAUAAACAGUAGAAUGACUCAUUCACAAUGACUCAGUCAAUAUUCAUCAUUGUGCUCAUCUUCAUAUUGGCUUUUAUGAAGCUAGGUGUUGUAGUGUUUAAAAAAUAUAUAAUUUUGAUCGUUAUUUCUUGUUGUCUACUCAAUCACUAGCCUACAGCACUUUUCCUGGCUUGUUUAUCUGGAACAAAAUGCAUCCAUCUUUGUUAAGAGCAGCCUCCAUGGCUUUUCCCGCUAAUCUCUCUCCAUUUUGCAAGUGGAAAUCCAGCCUGUCUAUUACAAGCUCUGUACCAAAUCAAACCAGAGUGGUUGUUUGGUCAGGGUUUGCUCAGACAUGAUGAGAGAACAGGCCUAUGAUUUGCUUUUGUAGUUUAAACAUCAUAUCAUAUUUUAUACCAUAGCCGAUAUACAACAACAACUGACAAAAACUGCUUAUUAAUAGUUAGUGUUUGAAGAGGCCCACUUCAGUUAUUCUUCACUUAGAGCCAAUGCUAGUAUAGCCCACUUACUAUAUGGCUUAGCAAGAUCAGAUCAAAUCAAAAUAAAAUUAUAUGCAGGUGCAGCAAAAUGCUUAUGUUAUUAGCUCCUAACAAUGCAGUAAAAUGUCAAACAGGUACACAAAUAAUACAUACAAAAAAAAACAUAAUUCCUUUUGCUGUUCCAAUGUGCCAUAGUCGUAUCAGUUUUGGUGGGUUUUUGUCAGUUGUUGUUGUUGUCAGUAACUUAAUGCCUCUCUCUCUUUCUCCGCAGGUCGACCCCAGACGCAGGAACCCCAGGAGCCCCUGAGGGAGAGGGGGGGCCUUCGGCCCCAGCACCCAACCUCACCAGUAACCGACGACUACAGCAGACACAGGCACAGGUGGAUGAGGUAAGAUUCAGAGAAGAGUACAAUUUUUAAAGUGUUGUUCUUUUAAUAUGUCAGUGCGAUUCAUUUAUUUGGGCGAUCAUGUAAACAACCUUUAUUUGUCAGGAAUGUACAGAAGGGUUAUAUGUGAAGUAAACUAUUAUAAAGCCUGGGUGGAAGGUGGGAUAGAACGAUAAUGAAGGGUAUGAAUAGAGGGAAGGAUGAAAGGAUAAAGCCAGGGGAAAGUAGCGAUGAAAGAAUGAAGUGGUAAGGAUACUCUCUUUAUUGUUGAAAAUCUAAGUAAAGUAUGAUGGGAGGAUGGGGUCCUAAGUGGAGAUGAUGAGCAAGGUGAUGGGAGGCAGGAAGUGAUUGAAGGAUGAGUGGUCAAUAAAAGGAGGAAUGAUUUAAGAAAAGAGAGAUGAGUCAGUGAGAGGUUACAGGGGCCUAAACAUUGAUCACAGAGAGAGACAACCGGAUGUAUUCUCUGGCCAUCUGUGUGAGUCAUAUCAACAUUUAAAGUGGAGGUUUACACAUCUGUUCUAAUCACUCAUAAUGAGGAUGGAGAGGUCCCAUAGAGGUAAAAACGUUGCUAUUGAAAUACCGUAGCAUUCAACCAUUGUGUGCUGUGCGGGUAUUCUUCUUUUUCCAAUGGCAUUAUUUGGACCCUGCACCUGUGGACGUUUUUUUGAAUGUUCGUGCACUACUUUUGAAAUAACUCACUCCUUGAGCAAUGCUGACUAUCCUCACCACCUCAACAGUUGUAGUGGAGGCUCACAUCACUUCUACUCAGUCAAUUGAUCCCUUGACCAUUGGGUAACUAAUGCGGACUCUGUCCUCAACUCUCAGUGACAUUGAUAUUUACAAUGGAGAUUCCAAACAUCCAUUCUGAUCAGACAUGAUUGAUUACCUGAUCAUUGGGUAAUUCCAACUAUAUCCUGUUCUUACCAUCUACCGUACAUCAGUGACAUUGGCAGUUAAAAGUUCACAUGACUUCUACUCAGUCAGAAUUGAUUUCCCGACCAUUAGGGGCAAUGCUAGCCUCCACUGCAGACGUUCUACAGGUAACUGACAAAAUAAUGGAAACACAUGAGUAAAUGAGGGAUACAAAGCAUAUUGAAAGAAGGUGCUUCUACAAAGGUGUGGUUCCUGAGUUAAUUAAGCAAUUAACAUCCCAUCGUGCUUAGGCUCAUGUAUAAAAAAUGUUGGGUAGGCUAUUAUUUUGGCUACCAUGGCUAUGCCCCCAUAGGGCACGAGUGGUCACUGAAUGGUUUGAUGAGCAUGAAAACGAUGUAAACCAUAUGCCAUGGCCGUCUCAGACAAGAUCUCAACUCAAUUGAACACUUAUGGGAGAUUCUGGAGUGGUGCCUGAGAUAGUGUUUUCCACCACCAUCAACAAAACACCAAACUAUGGAGUUUCUCGUGGAAGAAUGGUGUCACAUCCCUCCAAUAGAGUUCCAGACACUUGUAGAAUCUAUGCCAAGGUGCAUUGAAGCUGUUCUGGCUCGUGGUGGCCCAACACCUUAUUAAGACACUUUAUGUUGGUGUUUCCUUUAUUUUGGCAGUUACCUGGAAGUUUCUUCAUCAACAAGAAUACAGUGUUGGGGUCUGGUAAGGCAAAAUUAGCAUGAUGCUGACUGUCCUCUGCUUUCCACUUCCGUCCCCUAUAGGUAGUGGACAUCAUGCGUGUGAACGUGGACAAGGUGUUAGAGAGGGAUCAGAGACUGUCGGAGCUGGAUGACAGGGCCGAUGCGCUGCAAGCCGGGGCCUCACAGUUUGAGAGUAGUGCUGCCAAGCUGAAGAACAAGUACUGGUGGAAAAACCUCAAGGUUCGUGUUUGUGUGUGUAUGUAUGUGACCGACUGGGUUCAAACCCGGUUCUCCUACAUGCCACAGGUCUGUGUUAGCCCUUUGAGUUAAAGCCUAGGCAUUAGUUCAGUAGGUUGCAAGUCUUCAGGUCUCAGGCAACUCUUCACACAUAAUUUUUAAUAUAACCUUCACAUAGGUCACUCUUUAAUUAUAAAGCGAGUUUGCGGUGUUAUGCUUAGGUGCAGGCUACCAUACCAUUGCAGUCACAAACUAACUGUAUAUCAUGAUAAGGUAUUGGGGUAUUUCCACAGUGCUCAGACAUUUUAUACAAAUUAUGUCCCUAUACAGAGAAGAAAACUCUCUCUCCAACAUAUCAGACCUGGGUUCAUAUAGUAUUUGAAAUCCUUCACUUUAGCUGUGCUUGACUGAGUUUACCUGGAACCAGCAGAAUAUGGAACCAACAGAAUAUUCCCAAAAGUGCAAAUCCUGCCAGUCCUUGUGACUCUUUGUCCCUACAACUACCAUCUUAGCCCUUUGUUUGCUCCUUUCUCCUGUGACCUCACUUAGGUUGCAGAUUGCACAAUAUAAAUGUAAAGGUAAUUUCCAGUUGAGGCGACAUAGGCAAUGUUUCUUAUCGUGAAUGUAGCCGCUAACACGGGAACAUUGCCUUUAAAUUUUAAUUACGCUGUAACGUUGAACUUCUGCAAUACGGAUUGAAUAGAGCCCUUACUAUAUACAAAAUGUAGAUCCUUCUAUCAUCUAUCCUUCAAUCCAUCUUUCUCACAGCAUGAAUUUAUAAACCCUCAACCAACCCCCCCUCCCCCUCCCUCCUCUGCUUUUGAGCACAGAUGGCUAUCCCGUCGCCCGUCCAAUCACGUGUGUCCGUUGAGGAGGGGGAGUGGUUAGAAAUCCCAAUCUGGAUUACAGUGUGAUGCAGGAUUAAACUCAGCUGUGGCUCGACUCGUGAUGUAACCCCUACAGCUCAUCUCUCUCCCUCUAAUGCUUCCUCUAUUCCUCCCUUCCUCACUCAUACUCUCUCGCUCACGAUCCUCUUGUUGCUCUCCUAAUCUCAGUCAUCCGGUUGAUUUUGUAUUUUUUUCCUCUUUUAUGCUCUACAUAACCGUCUCUAAUAUAAUAUUCAUCACGGCUAACCUCUCUCUGAAAUCAAAUAAUUAUUUGCCAUACAGGCAUAAACCACAUCACACAGGUGUACCUUUUUAGGUCAUUGCUGAUGUAAAAAGGUCUUUAGAAAUAAAUGUGAUUUGAUGAUUGGCUUGCAAGUAGUGUGAUAGUCAUGCUUAUGCCCUCUUGGCAUAUAAUCCACACGUGACGUGCUGCAGCAGUAUCAUAGUGUUAUUUAUUUAUACUAUGGCUGGGAUUCAAUCCAAGGUCCAUUAUAGAUCAGACUUUUAAAGGUAAUUUAUGCUUAAACCAACAUGUGCAUGCAUUUCCGGGUGCGAGUAUUGGGGAAAUUGCCUUUAAAAAGGCGCAUUGUCGGCUUUCCAGUGCGCUGCUCUUGGAUUGAAUCCUGGCCUCUGUUUAUGAUCAGUAGCUGAUCUACUGUACAUUGUAAAUAACGAUGAGAGAGAAGCAACAGCAAGCAAUAUACACUAUAUAUACAAAAGUAUGUGGACACCCCUUCAAAUUAGUGGAUUUGGCUAUUUUAGCCACACCCAUUGCUGACAAGUGUAUAAAAUUGAGCACACAGCCAUGCAAUCUCCAUAGACAAACAUUGGCAGUAGAAUGGCCUUACUGAAGAGCUCAGUGACUUUCAAUGUGGCACCAUCAUAGGAUGGCACCUUUCCAACAAGUCAGUUUGUCAAAUUUCUGCCCUGCUAGAGCUGCCCGGUUAACUGUAAGUGCUGUUAUUGUGAAGUGGAAAUGUCUAGGAGCAACAACGGCUCAGCCGUGAAGUAGUAGGCCACACAAGCUCACAGAACGGGACCGCUGAUUGCUGAAGCGCAUAGAGCGUAAAAAUCGUCCGACGGACGAAUCUGGGUUUGGCAGAUGCCAGGAGAACGCUACCUGCCCCAAUGCAUAGUACCAACUGUAAAGAAUAAUGGUCUGGGGCUGUUUUUCAUGGUUCGGGCUUGGCCCCUUAGUUCCAGUGAAGGGAAAUCUUAACGCUACGGCAUACAAUUACAUUCUAGACAAUUCUGUGCUUCCAACUUUGUGGCUACAGUUUGGUCCAUACAGAAACGCGAGAUGAAUACAGAAAUGGUUUAUCGAGAUCGGUGUGAACACCUUUGGGAUGAAUUGGAACGCCAACUGCGAGCCAGGCCUAAUCGCCCAACAUCAGUGCCCAACAUCACUAAUGCUCUUGUGGCUGAAUGGAAGCAAGUCCCCGCAGCAAUGUUCCAGCAUCUAGUGGAAAACCUUCCCAGAAGAGUGGAGGCUGUUAUAGCAGCAAAGGGUGGACCAACUCCAUAUUAAUGCCCAUGGUUUUGUGUUCGACGAGCAGGUUUCCACAUACUUUUGGUCAUGUAGUGUAUAUGCAAAGAGCAAGGUUACAGCUAUCAUGAUGAGAGAGUAACAUUGAAUGGAUUUUAGAUUCAAAAUAAUACAUAAUCAAAUGUGUUAGAGACAAUAUAGAAGUGUUUUAUUUGAAGGUUUUAUAUCGUUUUUUGUUUUUUUCAGAUGAUGAUCAUAAUGGCAAUCAUAGGAGUCAUAUGUGUUGGAGUUGUCUUCAGUAAGUACCAUAUAUAUCUAUACUGAACAAAAAUAUAAAACGCAACAUGUAAAGUGAUGGUCCCAUGUUUCACGAGUUGAAAUAAAAGCUCCCAGAAAUGUUCCAUACACACAAAAAGCUUAUUUCUCUCAAAUUUUGUGCACUAAUUUGUUCACAUCCCUGUUAGUGAGCAGUUCUCCAUUGCCAAGAUAAUCCAUCCACCUGACAUGUGUGGCAUAUCAAGAAGCUGAUUAAACAGCAUGAUCAUUACACAGGUGCAUCUGUGUAACAGGCCACUCAAAUGUGCAGUUUUGUCACACAACACAAUGCUACUGAUGUCUCAAGUUGAGGGAGCGUGCAUUGCCAUGCUGACUGCAGGAAUGUCCACCAGAGCUGAUGCCAGAGAAUUUAAUGUUCAUGUCUCUACCAUAAGCCGCCUCCAUCAUUUUAGAGAAUUUGGCAGGACGUCCAACCGGCCUCACAACCUCAGACCACGUGUAACCACGCCAGCCCAGGACCUCCACAUUCAGCUUCUUCACCUGUGGGAUUGUCUGAGACCAGCCACCUGGACAGCUGAUGAAACUGAGGAAUAUUUCUGUCUGUAAUAAAGCCCUUUUGUGGGGAAAAACUCAUUCUGAUUGGCUGGGCUCCCUAGUGGGUGGGCCCCUGCCCAGUCACGCAAAAUCCAUAGAUUAGGGCCUAAUUUAUUUAUUUCAAUUGACUGAUUUUCUUAUAUGAUCUCUAACUCAGUAAAAUCGUUAAAAUUGUUUCAAGUUGCGUUAGAUUUUUUUGUUCAGUAUACAUUUUCACUUACAGACGAAGUCUGCUUCACUUGAGUUUUGUUAAAUUGUGAAACACAUGCACAUUUAUUUUUGUAUUGCUGUAAACUGUAGUAGUCUGAUGUCCAAAGUAGGAAACAACCGUUUACUCUGUGAUAUUUACAUGGUUUCUUUCUCAUCUUCUCCCUUGCAGUGUAUUUCUAUUACUGACCUGGUCUCUUCAGGGACAGACAACAAGCGCAAGACAAGAUAC